UCCCUUGAUUCAUAGUCUAUUUGUCUAUAGCUUCACAUAAUCACAUAAACAUGCUUUACUCAGAGUGGAAUAUUUCAUUUGCUGGUUGUGGUUUUCUGGGAGUUUAUUAUUUUGGAGUGUACAGUUGUCUGUUGGAACGAGCUCCUCAUCUGGUAAAAAGGACGAGUAAAAUUUGUGGUGCUUCAUCUGGGGCACUAAUUGGAGCUAUGAUUGCAUGUCAAAUGUCACCGGCAAAAUGCUGUAAAAAUCUGAUGGAACUAUACAAAGAGGCUCGAAAGGGAAUUCUGGGUGCUAUGCAUCCCUCCUUUAACCUGUUAAAGUUAACCCAGAAGGUCCUGGUCAGAGAGUUGCCUGAUAAUGCUCAUCUUCUUGCCAGUGGGAAACUGUGUUUGUCACUAACCCGCGUUUCAGAUGGGAAGAAUGUGCUGGUAUCUGAGUUUACUAGUAAGGAAGAUCUCAUUCAGGCUGUAGUGUGUAGUUGUUUCUUCCCUGUAUACUGUGGAGUGGUGCCACCAAGUUAUCAUGGCACUCGCUAUGUGGAUGGAGCUCUGAGUAAUAACCUUCCCUAUUUUACCUUGAAGAAUACAAUUACUGUAUCACCAUUCUCUGGUGAAAGCGAUAUCUGCCCACAUGACAGCCCCUUCUAUUUUCAUGAGCUGCGACAUAGCAAUGUUAGUAUUCGGAUCAACUUUGCUAAUACGCACCGUGUCAUCCAAGCAUUCUUUCCACCAAACCUUGAGGUUAUGGCUGAGCUUUGUCAAAAUGGAUACAAGGAUGCUGUACAUUUUUUGAGGAAAAAUGAUUUAAUAGAAGAAUUACCUGUGACUGAUCUCAUAACACAGUACAUGUGUUCCUCAUUUAGUGGUUACAGUACACACAGCUACACAAAUUACAAUGGCAAUGACACAGUCAUGAAGCCCAAAUCAGUGAGAGGACAGAACUGUGAACUGGAUCAACAGAAUAAUGUGCUACCCGAGUCUGUCCGGAAAGGUAAUUUCUGUGUGGAAAACGUUCAGAUUGCACCAUGGUACUUUAUUAGGAAGAAACAUGGAUGGCUGCAUGAACUACUUGUAGUGAAGUUGAUUACAUACAUACUUAUGGUGUGUCUGUUACCUGUAGAGAUGGUCUACUACACGCUUCUGAGGUGGUUCUGAUGUAAACCUUUUCACCCGAGGCUGAAGCCCAAAGGUUUGAGGCUGCAGUGCCAUCAAAACUGUUCUUGCUGGACGUGAUGGGAAUCUUCAAUGGCAGCACUUACAAUGUCUAAAAACUCAUCAUCAGACUCUAUUCUACCACAGACUGAAAAUAAUUAUUUUAUUUUUACCUUGUUUUUAUAUUUUUAUUUAAUCUAAUUUGAAUUCAAGCAUUUAACCUCAUGCACUGCAUGAUCCACUGACAUGAUUCUAUAAUAAAUGACAUAUGGGGUUUAUCAGUAAACUCA